AUGACCCAGCUAAUUGCUUUGCUCCCUCCAGUUUCUCCGCUUCCAUCCCCCUCUCCCCCCCGUGUGCUAUGCAUUCCCCACCCCGUUUUGCUCGUUCCUCUUCUCCCACCCCUUCCAUCCCCUGCAUGCGUACAUGCAACAGCAAGUAUCCCGACAAGUAUCUCGGGUACCCUUACCGCUCCUUCAGCUGCAAUGGUAUCGGUGAGUGCUGCUGUGGUGGUGAGUGCUGCUGUGCUGGUGAGUGCUGCUGUGCUGGUGAGUGCUGCUGUGCUGGUGAGUGCUGCUGUGCUGGUGAGUGCUGCUGUGCUGGUAAGUGCUGCUGUGCUGGAGAGUGCUGCUGUGGUGGUGGGUGCUGCUGUGGUGGUGGGUGCUGCUGUGUUGGUGAGUGCUGCUGUGUUGGUGAGUGCUGCUGUGUUGGUGAGUGCUGCUGUGUUGGUGAGCACUGCUGUGUUGGUGAGUGAUGCUGUGUUGGUGGGUGCUGCUGUGUUGGUGGGUGCUGUUGUGUUGCCCCAAACCUAG